AUGAUACAACUUGCAACAACAACCGAAUCUUUGAAUACUUUCAAGAUUUCCGAUUAUUUGGACGUUACAAAUAAUAACAAUACUACUACAAAUAAGAACGACAAGAUAACAAAUGAGAACAAUAGAUCUUUUAAAUUUUCUUUCGAAAGAUGGUUCGGAACGAAUACUUUAAAUCAACCCUCUACGACGACUCAACGAAUUUAUACCAGACAUCAAUAUUAUGCAAAUGGAAUUGAAAAGUUGGAGGAAAUUCAAGCAGUGAUGAUUGUUCUGCAUGGCUAUGGAGAACAUUGUACUUGCAAAACUGUGCAGAAAAUUUCUGGAAUUAUGAAUAUGGAAAAUAUUGUGGUUUAUUCGUUCAAUUGUAGGCUCUUUAAUAAGUGUAUUCGUGUGACCAUCACCGAAGAGGACAGUCAUGAAAAGAUUGAGGAUAUUCGAAUGAAUAUUAAUUUCGAACAAGCUUUAAUGGAUAUUGCUUCAGCCAUUGAAGAUGUCUCUAUUUGUUUUCCUGCUUUUAAAUUUCCAAACUUGAAAAUUCUUCUAUUGGGUUACAGUAUUGGAGCCACUUUGGGGAUGCAAUUUCUCACGACGACUUCACUAUUUGACAAAAUUCCAGACAAGAGGUUGAAUGGAUUGAUUUUGAUCUCACCAUUUAUCUAUCAUGGUUUGGAAGAUGAGAAAUCUCAAACUCUUGAAAAAACUUCAGAAUGGACUCAACCUUCAGAAACAUGGUCUUCUUAUUUCUUGAAAAAAGCAAGUUAUUGGAUUCCCAAUUAUCAAAUGCUUCAUUUUGAGAAGGAAAAGAUUAAGAAGGACUUUUCUAAGGAUUCUGAGUUAUUAGAAAUGCUUGAAAACGAUCCAGUGAUCCGAGAAAAUGCAUCCUUCCACUCAGUAUCGCCUUCAUCAUACCAUUUACUUCCACCAUGCACUGCAAUUUUUGCUCAACAAACAUUAGAGGCCAUGAAAGAAAUUGAGAAAGUCCUUUCAGAGAAGAUUGUGUCACUUUCCAGAAAGAGUAAUAAUUUGAGAGUUCUCUUUCUGCAUGGAAUCAAUGAUGCAUUAUCUCCUGUAGUGAAUAGCAGCAUCAAGUGGCAUCAAGCAUUGAAUCAACAAGCAGAAUUCAACAACAUUUCUUCUCAAUUGAUUCUAUACGAGAAUCGAAAGCAUUACUUUUUGCUGGACCGAGAGAGUGAGCAAGUGUUUAAUGACAUGGUUCAAUUCAUCAAAUCUCAUUGUUUGAACUAA